GGAUUCUGAUGGCACUGUUACCAUAGAGGAGCAGAUUGUCCUUGUUAUGAAAGCUAAAGUGCAAUGUGAACUCAACAUCACAGCUCAGCUCCAGGAUGGAGAAGGUAAUUGCUUUCCAGAAUGGGAUGGACUCAUAUGUUGGCCCAGAGGGACAGUGGGGAAAAUAUCAGCCGUACCAUGCCCUCCUUACAUUUAUGACUUCAAUCAUAAAGGAGUUGCUUUCCGAUAUUGUACCCCAAAUGGAACAUGGGAUUUUAUUCACAACUCAAAUAAAACAGGGGCUAAUUAUUCAGACUGCUUUCUGCAUCCAGAUAUCAGCAUAGGAAAGCAAGAAUUCUUUGACAGCCUCUAUGUCUUGUACACGAUUGGCUACUCCAUCUCCUUGGGCUCUUUGGCCAUGGCCGUUCUCAUCCUUGGCUACUUCAGACGAUUGCACUGCACUAGGAACUACAUCCACCUGCACUUAUUUGUGUCUUUCAUGCUGAGAGCUGUCAGCAUCUUUGUCAAGGACAGGGUAGCACAGGCUCACCUGGGAAUUGAGGAGCUGCAGUCCCUGGUAAUGCAGGGUGACCUACAGAAUUCCAUCAGACCACCUUCUGUGGACAAAUCACAAUAUAUCGGGUGCAAGAUUGCUGUUGUGAUGUUUAUUUACUUCUUGGCUACAAAUUAUUAUUGGAUCCUGGUAGAAGGUCUCUACCUGCAUAAUUUAAUCUUUGUGUCUUUUUUUUCGGACACCAAAUACCUGUGGGGCUUCAUCUUGAUAGGAUGGGGGUUUCCAGUGGUAUUUGUUGUGACCUGGGCUGUGGUACGAGCAACUGUAGCUGAUGCUAGGUGCUGGGAACUUAGUGCUGGAGACAGGUGGAUUUAUCAAGCCCCAAUCUUAGCAGCUAUUGGG